AUGCCGGAGCGCGACCGCGACCGAGGGGACCGCGACCGAGACCGCGACCGCCGUCGGCAGCCGGAGGGCGGCGCUCCCUUCGACCUGGGCCCGGAGCUGGAGGAGAAGACUCCCCCGCGCCGCAGCGCCCAGAGCGGGGGGCGCUCGUCGACCAACCUCCCGCCGAUGCCGCCGCCCCCGCCCGACUGGAAGGGGCCGCCGCAGGGCUACCUGACGCAUCCCGGGUACUACGCGGAGGCAGGCUCCGACCGCGGGCGCGGGCGGAGCCGCUCCCGCGGCAGGGACGACGACCGUGACCGCGGCGGGGACGACCGCUGCAGGGACGACCGCGACCGCAGCAGGGAGGACCGCGGCAGGGACGUCCGCCGUGACGACCGCGACGACGACCGCGACGUUCGCCGCGACGACCGCCGUGACGACCGCCGCGACGAUCGCCGCGACGACCGCCGUGAUGACCGCGCCGCCCGCGGCGUGGACGACCGCGGCAGGGACGACCGCGACGAGCGUGGCGCCCGCGGCGGGGACGACCGCGGCAGGGACGACCGCGACGAGCGUGGCGCCCGCGGCGGGGACGACCGCGGCAGAGACGACCGCGACGAGCGUGGCGCCCGCGGCGGGGACGACCGCGGUAGGGACGACCGCGACGAGCGUGGCGCCCGCGGCGGGGACGACCGCGGCAGGGACGGCCGCGACGAGCGUGGCGCCCGCGGCGGGGACGACCGCGGCAGGGACGACCGCGACGAGCGUGGCGUCCGCGGCGGGGACGACCGCGACGACCGCGGCGGCCGCGGCAAGGACGACCGCGACCGGGGCAGGGACGACCGCGUCAGGGACGACCGGGUCAGGGACGACCGGGUCAGGGACGACCGCGGGCGCAACGACGACCGCGGGCGCAACGACGACCGCGGGCGCAACGACGACCGCGGCAGGGACGACCGCGGCAGGGACGAUCGCGGCAGGGACGACCGCGGCAGGGACGACCGCGGCAGGGACGACCGCGGCAGGGACGACCGCGGCAGGGACGGCCGCGGCAGGGGCAGGCGCGACCAGCAGCUCUUCGGCGACCAGCACCUCAAGCAUAAGAUCAACCGCGGGCGCGCCAAUCCUGGGUGCAACAUCUACGUGUUCAGAAUGCCUCUGGAUUGGGACGAGCUGGAGCUCGCGAGGCACUUCGACCACUUCGGGGAUCUCAUCUCGUGCACGGUCGUGCGCGACAAGGACACUGGCGAGUCGCGCGGCUUCGGCUUCGUCGGCUACUCGGAGCCAGAGGCGGUCCGGAAGGCGAUCUUGGGCAUGGACGGCCUGCCAGUGGGGCCAGCGCUGGAGCUGCCAGGCAAGUUCCUGUCCGUCAGCCCGAAGAGGGGGGAGGAGCACCUGCUCACGCCGUUCCCGGAGUGCUACCCGCCCGCGGGCACGUACGGCACGGAGCCCCCGAACACCCGAGCCCCGCCAGGGGCCAACCUCUACGUCUACAACAUCCCAGAGGAGUGGAGGGACAUCGAUCUCUACAGGCACUUCAUCCACUACGGGCAGCUCACGAGCGUGAAAGUGAUGAUGAAGGACGAGAACAGGGAGAGUCGGGGGUUCGGUUUUGUUGGCUUCGUCAACCCGAUCUCGGCGCAACGAGCGAUGGCUGGGAUGAACAAUAUGUGCAUGAACGUGGACGGCUCUGGACGACGGCUUCAGGUGACGCCGAAGAGGGGCGAGGAGACGGCUGCACGGAAGGUCAGGGCCGAGAUCGCUUUCAAGGACCCAGCACAUCCAGACUACCAGAAGGAGCCACCCGAGGAGAUCAUGGGCGGAGCAGCAUUGGCACAAAGCUUGGGAGUCAGCGCGCACUAG